UCAUCUGAAAAUAAUUAAAAAUAUUAAAAAUGUAUUAUAUAUUAAUAUUUUCAAUAUUUUUCACAAAUUCAUUAGCACAAGUAAUUAUUUUUGAAGAACCAAAACUCAAUCCCAUGAAAAACUUCAAUAAACCUGAGUACGCUGGUCCAUGGUACGACAUUGCAAGAAUUCCAAAUAUAUUUGAAGUUGGACAGAAAUGUUCAGUGUUUGAUUAUAAAUUUGAUAAACAUGAUGGAUCAUUUAACAUAGAUCUUCUUUCAAAAAGUAAAAUAACUGGCAAUUCACGUAAUUUAACUGGUGCUGCUCGUCCAAGAGAGAAUGAGCCAUCAUCAGUUUUGAAUUUAUAUUAUCCUGAUUUUUUAAAAAUUGGAGUUUUGACAGUUUUAGAUACAGAUUAUAAAAAUUAUGCUGUAGUGACAACAGUUUCUUCUGUCAUAGGAUCAAUCAAACUGCAAAUGGCAUGGAUAUGGUCAAGAGAACCAACACUUUCUCCAGAAUAUUAUCAACUUGCUGAGGAUGUUUUGCGAGUCAAUGAUAUAUCACCAGAUAAACUUAAACUUUCUGAUCAAUGUGAUUGUUAAAUAAUCAUAUUAUCAUAUUUUUAAUAACAAAUUAAACAUGUUUAACUAUAAAAUUAAUAAUCCAAAA